GCUUACGGACAUAUGUAUGUAAAUAGUUGCAUUAAUUACUAUUUGUCGUUUACUUCAAAAGCAAAGUCGGUUGCAAUAUGGGAAACUCGAUUUCUUGGAUUUGGACAAAAUUAUUUGGUGUGAGGAAGAAAAGAGUUUUAAUGGUGGGAUUAGAUAAUGCUGGAAAGACGACUUUACUUUAUCGGCUAAAGACUGGGAAAGUUGUUGAAACGUCACCAACAAACUGCUUUAAUUUAGAAACAUUUGAGCACGGAGACGACAUUAUCGAAGUCUGGGAUAUAGGAGGCAGGUGGACUAUUCGUACACACUUUUAUCCUAAUACUGACGGGUUAAUCUUUGUUCUGGAUGGUGCCGAUAAGAGUAGAAUAGACGAAGCCAACCUAUCUUUACUGCAGACUUUAAAACAGGAAGAUGUUAGAUUGACGGGGACACCUCUGCUAAUUUUGCUGAACAAGGUGGACAAAUUUUCUUCAUCAGUUGAUGAAAGCAAGCCUGAAUCUAUGAAUAAUGAAUCAGCAGUACAAAAAAAUAAUAUUGAUUUUGCUGGCAUUCGGACAAUAAAGCCUGAUAUUUUGAUGCGAGUACAGCCCUGUUCCGCAAUAACAGGAGAAGGUCUUUCUCAGGGCAUGGACUGGAUUUGUAAUACAAUGAACAGGAACCUUACCGGGACUAUUGAGACUAGAAAAACUCCUAAUGAGGUUUAGCAUAUUGAGUGCAUGUAACUAUUUUUAAGUAAUUUUGUAAAGUCUAUAAAGUAUAAAAAGCUGUAAAAGUACAUAAAUUUGAUAACUUCUUAUUAUGCAAUACCUUUAUCCGCUUAUAUUAUCAAAUAUGUUUAAUACAGAAGUAGUAAAAUAGAAAUAUUACUA